UUCCGGAAUCUGUCUGUUUUGUGUGUGGAAAAAACACACAAAAAGCCACCAAAACGAGGUAGUGAAAUUUUUAGUGAAAAACACCAAUUUUGCAAGAUAAUUACGCCAAAAUAGUACGUAAAGAUCGACAAUGGGAGUACCAGCAUUCUUCAGGUGGCUUUCGCGGAAGUAUCCGAGUGUUAUAAUUGAAUGUGUGGAGAAAAGGGUCCAAGGGGCUGAUGGAGAGGACAUCCCGGAAGAUGCAUCCCUUCCCAAUCCCAAUGGCAUCGAAUUUGACAAUUUGUACUUGGACAUGAAUGGCAUCAUCCAUCCUUGCACGCAUCCGGAAGAUAAGCCGGCACCCAAGAACGAGGAGGAGAUGAUGGUGGCGAUCUUUGAGUACAUCGAUCGGCUGUUUGCAAUUGUGAGGCCUAGGAAGUUGCUGUAUAUGGCUAUUGAUGGUGUGGCUCCGAGAGCUAAGAUGAAUCAGCAGCGUUCGAGGAGGUUUAGGGCGUCCAAGGAGGCUGCUGAGAAGGCUACAGAGAUUGCCAGGGUGCGAGAGGAGCUGAAGGCGCGUGGGGCUAUUUUGCCGCCGGAAAAGGAGAAAGGGGAGCAUUUUGACUCCAAUUGCAUCACGCCCGGAACGCCCUUUAUGGAGCGUCUGAGCAGAUGUUUGCACUACUAUGUGCACGAACGCUUGAAUAAUCAUCCGGGUUGGAGGGGUAUCAAGGUCAUCCUGUCGGAUGCCAAUGUUCCCGGCGAGGGAGAGCACAAGAUCAUGGAUUACAUCCGGCGGCAGCGUGCUCAGCCCAAUCAUGAUCCAAAUACUCAGCAUGUGCUCUGUGGAGCCGAUGCGGAUCUCAUAAUGUUGGGCCUGGCCACGCAUGAGCCCAACUUUACGAUCAUCCGGGAGGAAUUCCUGCCCAACAAGGAGCGUCCCUGUGAGGUUUGUUCCCAAUUUGGUCAUGAGCUGUCCAAGUGCGAAGGGCUCAAUGGCAGUGAAUCCAAUGAGCCUCCGCCCGUUGUCAAGGAGGUGCAGUUUAUCUUUGUGCGUCUCCCAGUUCUCAAGGAAUAUCUCGAGCGGGAACUGGAAAUGCCCAAUCUUCCCUUUGCCUAUGACUUUGACCGGGUUAUUGAUGAUUGGGUCUUUAUGUGCUUCUUCGUCGGCAAUGACUUCCUGCCGCAUCUGCCGAGUCUCGAGAUUCGCGAGAAUGCCAUCGAUCGUCUUGUGAAUUUGUACAAGAAAUGCGUCUACAGAACCGGGGGUUACCUCACAGAUUCCGGGGAUGUGAAUCUGAAGCGUGUGGAGAUGAUAAUGCAUGAUUUGGGCAUGGUGGAGGAUCAGAUCUUCAAGACGAGGCAGAGCAAGGAGCAGAUGUUCAAGAUGCGCGACAAGCAGCGUAAGAUGCAGCAGCAAGCGCCAAAUUUUGCGCAAAUGCACAAUUCGCAGUUCAAGCCGACGCCUCUCGGCAGGGGCAUUCAGCCGGCUGCCAUUCAGAAUCCUCGCCAGGAAGCUGCUAGAUUCCGGAUGAUGGCCAAUCCAUUGGAUGCCAUGGUGACUCCGGAGGAUGGUGCUCGUGGUACGAAGAGAAAGUUCGAUCAGAAUGAGUCAGAACAGCAGCCGCAGCAACAGAAAGAAGAGGAGGAGGAAGAGGAGGAACCCGUCGAUGAAGUGAGACUCUGGGAGGAUGGCUUCAAGGAUCGCUACUAUGAGUCCAAAUUUGAUGUUGUAGCCACAAAUGUUGAGUUCCGCUAUGCUGUAGCUAAGCAGUACGUUAAGGGAUUGUGCUGGGUACUUCAAUAUUACUAUCAGGGCUGUGCCUCAUGGAACUGGUACUUUCCCUACCACUAUGCCCCAUUUGCCUCAGAUUUUGUCAACAUUUCUGGGCUUUCGACGAAAUUUGAGAAAGGCACCAAACCGUUUAAACCCUUGGAACAAUUGAUGGGAGUCUUUCCGGCUGCGAGUAGUUCUCAUAUUCCUGAACCAUGGGCUGUUUUAAUGUCGGAUCCUAAAUCAACAAUAAUUGACUUCUAUCCGGAGGACUUUAAGAUUGACCUGAAUGGGAAGAAAUUUGCAUGGCAAGGUGUUGCCUUGUUACCUUUUGUCGAUGAGAAGCGCCUCUUUAAAGCACUUAAGCCAUUCUAUGACAAACUCACAGAAGCAGAAAAACGAAGAAAUUCACUGGGAUGUGAUAGAUUGUACGUGGGACCUGCAAAUGAAGGCUACAAGUUCCUCAAAGGACUCUACAGCAAUGAAGUUAAUGGGAAGGAUGGGGCUCCAGUGCUCAUUGAUGGCAUGCAGGGAACUGCCUUUCCUGCCGAGGAUGCUGUAUCCAUUGGAGGAAUGCUCAUUUCGCCUGUUUUUGGGCUUGAGCCCAUCUGUGACAAUUCUGUUAUCACGGUGAAGUACAAAGAUCCACAGUUUGCGGAUGACUACAUUUUUCCGGCCAAGAAGUUGCCAAAUGCCAAGGAUCCGCCCAGGGUGCUGAAGGGAGCAGGAGCAGGAAGUGACUACAAGCCAAUGAUUGGCUUCAACAGAAAUAUGCCCACCGCCUCUUUGUCUGGUGCUGGCCAUCGCAUGGUGAAUCACUACACCAAUGAUCGGUCAAGGGAUCAAGGACAGUAUUCAUCGUAUCCACCGCCCAAUCAAUAUCAACAGAAUCAAUCCUAUCAGCGAUCCUCCUAUUCAGAUAACAGCAGAAAUGAUGGGGUUUAUCGGUCAAAUUACAAUCGUCAGGGCCGAUUUGAGCCCUACAAUCAGCAUCAGCGACAUCAACAGUCAAACUAUUCACAUCAGCAGCACAAUCGCCCUUCAAAUGUACAACCUUGGCAAUCUCAGCAGAGGAAUCAGGAUGAUCGAUCAGCAGGACAUCGGCAAUCUCGAUUCUCAAAUUACUCACAGUCUUAUCAAGGGGGUGGUGGGGGUAGUCGUGGAAACUACCAACAAAACUACGGACGAAGAUAAAUUUUUGGUCUUUUCCUUUUUUUCUCAAAUGCGAGGGAAAGCAGAAAAAGGUAAGGAAUUUUCCACUUUUUCCCUCAUAUAAAUUUCUAUUACAAUAUUUCAAUUGGAAAUAUUUUUAAAUUUUAUUUUCCAAUAUUAUAAAAAAAAGCUCAGUUGAGCGGUUUUUUUUAAAUUUAAAUCACAAAUUUUACAAAUAAUUUUUAGAUAUCUUACCAUGAGGAUUAAUCCUGAUGGUAGCAACAAUUAUUGAAAAAAAAAUUUAGAAAGACUGUAAAUAGUCAAAUAAUAUGUAAUUUUGAAAGAUAAAAAGCUUUCAAAGUCUUUGAGAUAUUCAAGAAAAUAAUAAUAAUAAAAUUGAAAGCCUUUUUUCUAAAAGGCUUUUCUGCCAA